AUGGUUCACAACACGACUUGGAAUAACGUUGUGAUAGGAGAUCGCAACGCGAGCAAUAAUGAUGGAGACACGAACGAGAGUCGCUUGGCCGAAAUCCUGCAACGGUAUCACAGGCAUUUUGAAAAAGAACCAAGUCCCUCCACUGAACCUCAUGAGUCUCAGGCAGAGAUCUCGAAGUAUUCGAUGUUCCUCACAUGUGGGGAGCUACUUCAGAUUACGGAAGGGCAGCCACUCUCUCUAUUGGAGUCAUUUCUUGAGCAGCUGAGCGUGACUGACCUUUUACAUUUGGAGAAACAACUUGAAGAAGCACUCGUACAAACAAGAACAACAAAGACAGAUAUGCUCCUGGCUUCUAUAACAAGUCUUAAUGAAAAGGAAAAAAUGCUGGCAGAAGAAAAGAGGGUUUUGCAGGAGAAGAUUGCAGCUGGAAGCAAGAGUAGUAAGGCGAUGUUAAUCGAUCUCAACGUUGUUCCACCAGACGACCAUCAUGUCCAAACACAAAACCAAUCAAAAACAUUAGCUCCUUAAUCUUCUCUGACUUUCAGACAUGCUCCCAGGAAAAAGGCAGCAAGAAAAUUAAAAGGAAUCUAUCAAGCAGAUAUAUAUAACUAAAUGAAAUUGUAAUGUAAUAUGAAUUUGGGCAAAGUUUUUAAGUCUUACCUGUCUCUCUCUAAUUCAACUGAUCAAUGAGUGCUCUGAGAGAGUCAUGUUGCCUAAUAAGAAAAAAGUCCCCAGCAAAAUAUGAAAUAUGGAGCUGGUUAACUUAUUAUUUUGCUGUCUCGCUUUCUUUUCUCCACUUGUAAUUAAUCUCCAUGGCACAACAGACAUAAAAUGCAUUGGAAGUUUUUUUUUUUUUUUAACUUUUUGCCAAAAGAAAUAAAAAUGAGGCAUAAUAUUAUGAAAU